AGCAUCAGCAUCGCCCUCCUCUCAGCGGCAGUUUUGCGCUAGACAAGUCGGAACAAUUUCUCACAUAUAGCUUCUUAUUGCACUCACAACUUUGCAUCUAAGAAGAGAGCUCCGGGAAUUAAUACCAUUUAUUCAAGGAAGGCGAAUCGGUCAAAUCGCUGUCCCUUGAUCUUACAGCGCUCUGGCAAAGAUGCAUUUUGUAUCGGUUGUUAUACUGACGUGCACCUUACUUGUGGAAACAUCUUGGGGGACCAAGGCAGGCCAACCUCCUAAACCCCCAUGCAGACCAGGCUUCUCUGAGAGCUUCUACACUGUGUUUGUCUCCAGGGAUCUACUGCGAGGACAGAGCAUUCUCAAAGACACCAGCCUAUCGAGUGAACGUGUAAAGUUUGAGGACUGCCAGCACAGUAAAGCAGUGGGCUUCGAGAGCAGUGACCCUAACUUCAGUGUGCGCCCUGACGGCUCGGUGUAUGCGGAGCAGGAAGUGGCCAACCUAUCAGAACCGAUCCAGUUCAUGGUGACCGCCCACGGAGGUCAUGACCCUCACAUCUGGGAGACUACGGUCAAGCUGGCCUUGGUUGGACAUCAACCCUCUGUCCCUGUGAGUCAGAUUGGAGUGGAGGAUAUGAUUGCAAGGGCCUGGGACUCUAAUCCCAGGGUUAUCAAGUUUCCACGGAAACAUCAAAAAAGCUCCUCUGCCAAUGGACUGAGACGACAGAAGCGGGACUGGGUCAUCCCACCAAUCAAUGUGCCUGAAAACUCCAGAGGACCCUUCCCACAAAUGCUUGUCAGAAUCCGCUCGGACCAAGACCUGGAGAAAGGGAUACGCUACAGCAUCACUGGAGCAGGGGCGGACCAGCCUCCCAUUGACGUGUACAACAUUGACCCUGUGCACGGCAAGAUGUUUGUCACCAGACCCCUGGACAGAGAGGAGAGGGCCUCCUACCAUCUGCGGGCCCAUGCUGUGGACAUGAAUGGGAACAAGGUGGAAAGCCCCAUAGACCUAUACAUCUACGUCAUCGACAUGAAUGACAACCGGCCAGAGUUCCAGAACCAGGUCUACAAUGGCUCUGUGGCUGAAGGCUCAAAGCCAGGCACGUUGGUGAUGCAAGUGACAGCCAACGACUCAGAUGAUGACACCACAGCCAAUGGGAUGGUGCGCUACCGGAUCCUGUCCCAGACCCCCCACAUGCCCAUCCCCAACAUGUUCACCAUCAACAGUGAGACGGGAGACAUCUUCACCAUGGCUGCUGGCCUGGACAGGGAGAAAGUGUCCCAGUACAUCAUCAUCGUCCAGGCCACGGACAUGGAGGGGAACCUGAACUUUGGCCUGUCCAACACGGCCACCGCCCUCAUCUCUGUGACCGACAUCAACGACAAUCCUCCCGAGCUGACCGCCAGGACGUUUUCGGGGGAGGUCCCAGAGAACAGUGUGAAUGUGGUGGUGGCCAACCUGACAGUGAUUGACAGGGAUCAGCCCCACAGCCCUAACUGGGCUGCCCAGUACCGCAUCGCCAGCGGAGACCCCCAGGGUCACUUCCUCAUCCGCACCAACCCUGUCAACAACGACGGCAUGGUCACUGUGGUCAAGCCGGUGGACUAUGAACAGAACAGGGCCUUCAUGCUGACUGUGAUAGUCUCUAACAAGGCCCCUCUGGCCAGUGGGAUCCAGUCUUCUCUCCAGUCUUCAGCGGGGGUCACCAUCUCCGUACAGGACGUCAACGAAUCCCCUGUCUUCCCCACCAACCCCAAGUCCAUCCGUUUUGAGGAGGGUGUCCCUGCAGGCACCACACUCACCGUGUUUGCUGCCCAAGACCCUGACCUCUUCAUCCAGCAAACUGUCAGGUACUCCAAGCUGUCUGACCCCGCUAACUGGCUGAGGAUCAACAGGACCAAUGGUCAGAUCACCACCAUGGCUGUGCUGGACAGGGAGUCUAUGUACGUCAGGAACAACAUCUACGAGGCCACCUUCCUGGCUGCCGACAAUGGUAAGUCUGGUUCUCCCCCGGCCAGUGGAACAGGUACUCUGCAGAUCCAUCUGAUAGAUGUGAAUGACAAUGCUCCGGUGAUGAUGCCCAAGGAGGCCCAGUUGUGUGAACGCGCCAAUCCCCGCUCCAAGGUCAACAUCACAGCCUCCGAUGCCGACGCUGACCCCCAUGUGGGGCCCUUUGUGUUUGAGCUGCCCUCCUACCCCCCCAGCAUCCGACGCAACUGGACCAUCUCCCGGAUCAGUGGUGACUAUGCCCAGUUGAGACUGAGGAUUCCCUACCUGGAUGCAGAGGUGUAUGAUGUUCCCAUCAUCGUGUCGGACUCCGGUAACCCGCCCCUCUCUAACAGGUCCAUAAUAAAGGUCAAGGUGUGUCCGUGUGAUGACAACGGAGACUGUACUACCACCGGAGCUGUGGCUGCUGCCGGACUGGGGACCGGAGCCAUCAUAGCCAUACUCAUCUGCAUCAUCAUACUGCUUAUCCUGGUGCUAGUGUUUGUGAUGUGGAUGAAGCGCAGGGAGAAGGAGCGUCAGGCCAAGCCCCUGCUGAUCGACCCAGAGGACGACGUCAGAGACAACAUUCUGAAGUACGACGAGGAGGGAGGAGGAGAGGAGGACCAGGACUAUGACCUGAGCCAGCUGCAGCAGCCUGAGUCUGUGGAGCACAUAAUCAGUAAACCAGUGGGGGUGCGCAGGGUGGACGAGAGGCCCAUCAUCGCUGAGUCCCAGUACCCCGUCAGACCCAGCCUGCCCCACCCUGGAGACAUCGGAGACUUCAUAAACGACGGUCUGAGGGCGGCGGACAACGACCCCACGGCCCCGCCCUAUGACUCCCUGCUGGUGUUUGACUAUGAGGGCAGUGGCUCCACGGCCGGCUCUGUCAGCUCCCUCAACUCCUCUAGCUCAGGAGACCAGGACUACGACUACCUCAACGACUGGGGCCCCCGCUUCAAGAAGCUGGCAGACCUCUACGGCGGGGGAGAGGAUGACUGAGA